CCUGGGUACUUCGCACAUUUGCACGGCCGUCGAGCACAGUUUUCGUUAAGGAAGUGGAGCCGAAGAGGCGGAGACCGUGACUCACGCUGGCUAUAAGUCUCAGGAGUAACCCGUGCAAAACUUACAAUCUGACAGGGUGUUCUGUAGAUCUACAUUAAAUCUAAAUCGACACCCAUUCAGUUUAUGAGAAAUAUACUGACGAGCAGCAAAUCAUGGGGGUCAUUUAAGCUGGCGGACUGCAAAGCGCACGGUCCAAAUAAUUUCCCUUUUCUUUUUAAUGGUUAAAUAACAGGAUUCUGCUGCGGGGGUCUUUGACUUAACAUAAGUCAGUAAAUCCUCGCUUCAUAAUCCUAGACUCUUACUUAGAGGUUUAUGUCUCCCUGCAUUGUGGGUGAACAGGCAUACAUGACAUACAACUACAUUUGCAGGAAUGUCCAGUUUUCUUAAUGUAAUCAGGCAAUCAGCUACACUUACACUAUACAGUAAGUAGACAGGAGAAUGGACCAGUUCUGUCUGUAGUAAAGUCACAUUUGUCAAAAUGUCUGUCUUUUGCUGGACAGUGACAAUAGUCAUUAAUGACUAAUCUAUGAAUCUUGUGAAAGAACAUCAGUGUUUAAAGUACAGAACUUUUUUCUCUCACUUGUUUAACUUUAAAUUUAAAGUAUUUCAAAAUAUUUUUGGCCAGUCCAGCUGGGAAUUUGGUACCUUUUUAUUCUUGAUACCCCAGUGGCCUGUCAGAACCUGCUCAUUUGGGCCUUUGAUGAUUGUCUUUCACUGCACCAUGGAUCGCGGCGACACUCAUGCUGCUUCUCUUUCCUCUAUGCACUUAGUAACCGCUCUCCAUCUCUCUCCAGCUAGCUCAAGCUUGGGCACAAACUCCAAUGCGUGCAGAUGACGAAACUGAUCCUUCUCACAAAAAAGGGAAAAAGCCAGGAAGUUCGCUAUACUGGACGGUCCAAGUGUUGUCGAAUAUGCCUGCUCUUGGCGCCCCUGGUUCUUUGUGGCUUUGUGAUUUUCUACUACAUCAGCACGGUCCUUUGUCAAAGGAGCAAUCUGAAGACCUUUCACCCUAUGCCACAGUCCUGGCAGAAUCGGACGAAGCAGGAGCCAGCUGGUCAGAAGGCUCCAUUGACGGAGAGCCCCCCCAUUAAUCCUCCGGUGGCUAAAACUCCAGGGCCCUAUGAAAUAAUUUACCCGCACAAGUACCAGAUCAUCCUGAAUGAGCCGGAGAAGUGCAAGGGCCAGGACCCUUUCGUGGUCUUGAUGGUACCUGUCAGACCCGAAGACCAGGAGGCACGGGAUAUCAUCCGCAGGACCUGGGGCAGUGAGAGUACAGUGCCUGGGGUAGUCAUCCGCACGCUCUUUCUGUUGGGUGUCACCAACAGUCAGGAGACUUUACAGCAAAAGCUGAUUGUAGAGGGUCAGGAGCACCACGAUCUGCUGCAGUUUGACUUUCAUGACAGCUAUCGCAACUUGACCAUCAAGACCAUGCUGAUGAUGGAGUGGCUGAAUACCUACUGCCACAAUGCCCCGUAUGCUGCCAAGGUUGACACAGACAUGUUCCUCAAUGUGGACUUGCUUGUGAAUAAACUGCUGAAUCCCCAGUCAGCACAGGCCAAACGGGACUACAUCACAGGGGCAGUGGUCCGUGGCGGAAUCGCACGGAGAGACCAUGAUUCCAAGUGGUACAUGCCCGAGGAGGUCUUCUCAAAGGAUACUUAUCCAUGUUAUGUCUCUGGGAAUGCUUACGUCUUCUCCAUGGACCUUCCUGAGAAGAUCCUGAGAGCAUCCAAUCAUGUAAAGCCUGUCCAUUUGGAGGAUGUGUACCUGGGUAUGUGCCUGGAGUCCUUGGGAAUCUCUCCCAAGGACCCACCUAGUCCUGGCAUGUUUCAGAUGUGGUACCGUUCUUAUGACCGCUGUCUCUUUUCUGGCUUCAUCUCUGUCACUGGCAUCCAACUGAAAGACCUGGAGAGGAACUGGGCCAAUUUUCGACAGCCAGGUUCUUAUUGCUGAUGACAGACUUAUUAAUUUGUUUUCGUGAACUAGGAAAACCAAGCACCUUUCAUGCUCACUGCCUCAUGUAAGUGUGUGAGUGUGUGUCCUGUGAUGGACUGUCAUCCCUCCAGGAUGCAUUCAGCCUUGUACCUUCUGAUCCUGGAAUAGACUUACCUUUACCCUCAACUAAGUGGUAGUCAAUGAGAACUGGUUGUUUAUGAAAAAUGGGUGAAUGAAGAGCCAUUUGUGGUGUACGUUUUGCCUUUUCAGAAAAAACAUUUUCACAUUAAUUUCUUAACUAUUCUCAACAUUAAUUAACAGUGGUUAUCCAAUUAUCACACUAUUUCAAGUGUGAUAUACAGUAAAUAGAUUUCAUAAUUGACACAGAAGAGACUAUGCAAUUUAUGUUGUUGGCUUGUCUUUCAAAACAUCUUUGUUUAAUGGCUCAUUUCUACAAUAGAAUAAUUGUCUGCAAGAUUUUAUAAAUGUGAUGUUUUUAAAAAAUAAAAUGUUUAUACAUUUCAUACUAAGUGGCCUAGCUGGGUGGCUGAUUCCUGAUCUGUAUGCUAAAACCAGACAUUGCAACCUGCAAAAACUCAUUUCAGGGAGGUGCCCCCAACCCCCACAUGAAGGGAGGUGUAACUUCAACAAACUUAAUUUCACAGAACAGAAUUUCUCUAUUGCCUAUAUAUAUAUAAAUAUUUGUUCAUUAAUUUUCUCUAGUCAGCACACUAAAUUAUGAAGUCCAAUAUUAUGUAUUAUUUUGACAAUAAUAUAAGUAGAUUAUUCUUUCACUAUUUAUGCAAAUUCCUUAAUUAUAUUCCAUUGCUACUUUACAAAAGUCUUCAAGGAGUUUGGUCUUUUCAUGACAGCCUUGGCAACUAACCAGGGGCUUGUACUACAAAGCUGGGUUACUGGCUUAUCGGAGUAAAUUAUCAGAUUUAAGGUAGUCUGGGCAAAAUGAAAAUGAACGAAUAUGAAGUCCAUUUAAACUGUGGUACCUUGAAUCCGACAAGUUACCCCGAUAAGCCAGUAACCCCGCUUCGUAGUACAGGCCACAAGUGUCUAACUAGUGUAGACCAAGGUUAUUAUCGUCAACGAAAACGAACGAAAUAACGAAAACUAGAAUUGAAAAAACAUUUUCGUUAACUGAAAUAAAUAAAAACGACAAUUAAAAGAAAAAACGAUAACUAACUAUAACUGUAUUGUGUGUUGACAAAACUAAAACGUACUGAAAUUAUAGAUGAAAUGUCCUUCGUUUUCGUCUUUGUCAAUUUAUUUAUAAGUUGAUUUAUUUCGCUCUAGCAGUUUUACGUGAGCUGGCGGCACCGUACGGCACCUCUCUGUCCGUCACUUCUUGUUUACAGUCGGCUUUUGCUCACCGCGUUACCUGGAAAAAUGGCGACGACAAAAGUUGGGAGAAGGCGGCAGAGUCCUAUCUGGAAUUUCUUUGACUAUGACAGCGAGACAGAUAAGAGCAGGUGCAUUGUAGAAACAGGUGACAAAAUAUGUGGGAUACUUCUCAAGGGAAAAACCCCCACAAAUCUGAAAGUCCACUUGAGAAGCUUGCAUAAGACGGCUAAUCGCGAGUACCUUGACCAAGUAGCCUCUCUGAUUAGCUCCCCCGAAAGAGAAGCAACAUCCCGGCCAGGUAGCACCGGGAAGGAGGAGACAACCAUAAUGGACUGCUUUCACCGACGACCAAACAGCUGCUGGUUAGUAAAUACGCAGGAACCCCACAAGACUUAAUUUCCUUUUUGUUUACAAUAUUGGACUUAUGGUUAACAUACAAAAGCAAAGCACAUCGGCAUCAAGCCCCCGGGGAAGACCCAGGACACGCUGGAGAGACUAUAUGUCUCGGUUGGGCUGGGAACGCCUCGGGAUUUCCCCAGAGGAGCUGGAGGAAGUGGCCGGAGAGAGGGAAGUCUGGGUUUCCAUGCUGAGACAAUUCUGUUGUACAAUGGUUUUUGAGUUUGUUAAUGUUUUUCUCAGAUUGAGCUCCCUGAGACUCCUGGCUGUCAAGAAAUGUGACGUGUGCCUCCUGAAUGGGUUUAUAUUCUUAUGUUCAUGUGUGUCUUUAGUCUAUUGGCUAUUUUGAUUUGUACCAGGCACACUACCUGUAUCCAACAUCAGAAGCAGUAUCACACACAUUUUGCACAUAAGCUGCUAUCUUGUAGAGUGUUGGUUGUUGUGGAUGGUUGGUUGUUCAAAAGUAACUGAAUAAACUUUUUGAAAUGGU